AUGGGUCUUCAAGCUUAUCAAUGUUCCUGUUUAAUCAUGUUCUACCUUUGCCUCACGAACCCCUUCAUUUUUCUCUAUGCAAAGGGAGAAACCUACAUUGUUGGUGACAGUUAUGGUUGGGAUGACGUCUUGGAUUUCAGCAACUGGCGUGAUGGAAAAGAGUUUCAUGUUGGUGAUGUUCUAGUGUUCAACUACGAAAGAAGCCUGCAUAGUGUGUUGCAAGUUGAUUCCACUGCUUAUGAGAAUUGCAUAAAGGACUCGUAUACACAGAGGUUCACUAGUGGCAAUGACUCGGUGGUUUUAAAGGAAGGCAGAGCAUGGUUCAUAUGUGGAGUAGAUGAUCACUGUGAAAAUGGGCAGAAGCUUCACAUUACUGCAACUUCUUAGCUACU